AUGCCACUGCCUGCGUCCUACGCAACCGAGGCGGAAAAGGUUGAUGCGCUGUGGGUUACUGUAACAUCGGCGAUAGAGAAGCUGAACUGUUUGUGGUCGGAAGUGGCUUUACUCCGUUCCCAAGUAGACAAGUUCAAUUCUUCGCAAUCGGCAGUGAGCUCACUCCGUUUGCAGUUUCGCGACCUUGAGGAGGGCCUGCUGGAGGCGCUGGUCAACGUUGAGUGCCGCCUGGACGUGCUUCAUCGCUCACAGACAAGCAGCGAUCCUCAUCGCUCACAGACCACCAGCGAUCUUGGGCCGGAGACAACCGAUACUUGCCUGGAUUGCAUGGACUGA